UUCAGAACUAGCAAGAAGAAAGGGGUUGCAUUGAAAUGUGAUCCUGGAAUAAAAGGCAGACAAGGGAACCACAUAGCAAACCAACACGUGACCCUUAUGAUGUUUGGUUGUUUUUCCCUCCUGCAUAACCCCAGCCAUUUUCUGUUUUUCCUGUCUGUUCUUGUACAAUUCUGUAGAUGACAAAACUAGUUGUGUAGUUUUGUGAUGCUCUUUGCUGGAGUACAGUGUAUGCAGAUGAAUGUUCAUUGAAAAACUUGUUUGAUUGCAUCUGUUCUUCGGACAAGUCGGAAGAAAAAAAAUGAGACUCUUUACAUCUCGCAUAAGAGGAGUUGUGCCUUACUCUCUCCUAAAAGACACCAUUUUGCACAGCUUGUCUUCCAAGGGAUGUUCAAAUCUGUUUUUCAUCUGAGCCUUUCCUGACUGGUGUAGCACAUGCAAACAGGGAAGCCCCUGUGGAAAGUAUAGUUUAAAUCUCAUUCCUAGUGAGAUGUUGUGACUGCAUUGGCAGUGAGGGGCAGUAGGUAUGUUGUCACUAAUUCAGAGCUGGACAAGUGAGAGAGUGUGAUACAGAGGUGCCAGGUUGCAAUCACAGAAACCUCUUACAGACCUAUCAGAAACCUGUAGCACCUAACUCAGUGGUCCUUUUAAGAUGAGAAAUAUGUUUACGAGAUUAUAUGCUGGCAGUUCUCUUCCUUUUUGUUAGUUGUAAAGAGAUUUUAGAUUAAUUAUUUUAGAACCAGACCUCUGUGUGCAUACAUCCAAGGGCAGGACUCUCUUGCUUUCACACAAGUGUGUCAUUUAUAGUGGCAGAAGCUAUUCUAAAAGAGUGUGAAUUUUCCCCACAUCCCUUCUCAUAUCUGCCAUCUGUGUGGAUGUCCUGCUGACACUGAGAUGGCUUAGAUGUCCAUGUGAACAAAUACAUUGAGCUUUUAAGUUCCUGUUAUGUGGGGAGAGCUGAAUCACUCCAUUUAGAUCUGUCAGCUAACAGCAGGAUUUGCUUGCCAUGGUUUAGAUACCUACUGCUACAUGAGGUACUUUGAAGUACCCAGGGCAUCUUCAGGAGGGCAGGGGUUCAGUUUGAAGGAAUAAAAAAUGUACUCUGCUUCCUGUGGAUUUCUUGGUGGGAGUGGUAAAGAAAAACUCAACCACUUGUACAGACAUGGAUUUACUGGGCAAGGAGAAUAAAAAGAAAGAUUAGAGGGCAUGUUAGCAUUUCAUAGGGCCUACGUUUGAAUUAAAAUAUUUUCCAAAGGUUUGCUGUUAAUUUCCUGCUAGCUGUGCCUUUGCCCUUCUGUGCCUCUGUGCAUGUAGUCACAUCAAUCUCUAUUCUCCCAAAGGAAGGGUUUGUGGGGAUGUUUUUCUCUUUUGCAUCUGCCACCCAGAAACCCAUGUUUGAAAACCUUUCUCUGGGGCAGUCAUUUACACCUUGGUAGCUUGGUAGGUGUGAUUUUCUCAAGGCCAUGCAGUCUUCCAGUGGUAGAUACAACUGUACCCAUGUUCCUCGGGGCUGAUCCCUCAGAGCAACACCUGCACAUCCAUCUCUGCUGCUUCUCCUCCGAGGCACAUUAGGGCUUGGCAUUGCUGCACGCACGUUCAUGCACUCAGUCCCUCUCCAUCCAGUAUUUCCUGUUCUCUUUGACAGCCCUCAUUCUGUUACUGCACCUCUGGGCUGUGCCACUUCCCAGCACGCAGGACGUGAGGUUGAAUGUCUUGUCUUGCAUUGCUGAGUUAGCAGGGAAUGGACACAGACUGGGUGAGCACAGAUGAUCUCCGGUUGUGCCCUUUGUUUGCAUGGCACUGGUGGUAUCGUAGGAGGUGGAGCCGACAGUUUCCUGAAUUUAAUAUUUGCAGAUAAGUGUAAGCCAGGUGCAUGUCUGUGAUUCUACAGUGCGCUGCUUGGAGCUGCACACCCAAGAAAAGGAGCCUGAGAAGCUGUAACAGCUACCUUUAAACAAUCUCAUGGGUCAUGGAGCUGGAUCCUGUGCACUGGUUUUCGUAUAUUUAAAACAAUUAGUGUUUUGUGACCAGUGAGAGUGUCUGCCAGCAGAUCAGCGUGCAAGAAGUACUCGGCAGCGAGCUGAUAAGGUCUGAAAGGGUCUCUUUGAGCCUCCUGGAAUUCUGUGCCUCCUCAGCUCUGGUCUUCUACAAAUAAAAUCAAAUCAUUAACUCAUGCUUGCUCACCUCUCCAAAGGGAAAUGAAGUCUGGGUGAAACACAAUGCAAGUGAGCUUCUGAAGGCAAUCAUAAACUCAGAUUUGCCCUUCUCUGCAAAGGCUGGGGAGAAAGUGUUGUCUGUUUGCCAGGUGCGGAUGGAUCACUGCAGCACGACUCCAGCAGAGGGUUGCCAGCUUUGGCUGUGUUUUCCGUGCCCAUGUGCAGACUUAUAACAAGCUUAGCUGAUAAAGGUUCUGUUGAUUUACAUAAGAUAAAAGAAACCUGAUCCUAUAUUUGCUGUAACGUGGGUGGGUGUGUCUAGGCGGUGACAUGAAAGAGCAGGAGACAGUGGAGAGAAGAUGCUGUUUGGAUGCAGCCAGGGCAUGGGCUCGACUGAAGUUAACUGCAAAGGUUUUGUUGCCCCAAAAAGGGGAGCAAAUGUGGGUGGCUUGGUGCUGAGCAGCUCCAGAUCUCUGAACACAGAUGAGGAUAGGUAGGGCAGGACAGGGUUGGUGCACGUGCCUGGUUCCUCACUCCCUUUCUGUUUCGAAGCAGAGAAGAACAAAGGGAGGUUGGCCACCUACUACCCUCUAGACAACACCCCCUUCCUGCUUCCUGUGGAUGAGACACAGCCACCGGCGUUCACCAGCAGCAUGGAGCCUGUGGGUGUCAGCACAGAGAUGGCAUUGCUCAGCAACAUCCUAGCAGCGUACGCCUUCAUCACAGAAAACCCCGAGCGGGCCGCUCUGUAUUUUGUCUCCGGGGUGUGCAUUGGACUCGUCCUGACCCUGCUGGCCCUGGUGCUGAGGGUGUCCUGCCGCACAGACUGCAAGCGUUCCUCCACCAAAAAACCUCCCCGGGAGAGCGACAGUGACAGCAGCGACAGCGAUGGGGAUUCGGACAGCACGUCGGACGUGUCGGCCCGCAGGCACCGCAGGUUCGAGAGGACUUUGAACAUGAAUGUCUUCACUUCUGCAGAGGAGCUGGAGAGAGCGCAGCGGCUGGAGGAGCGGGAGCGCAUCAUCCGCGAGAUCUGGAUGAACGGCCAGCCCGACAUCCCUGGCACCAGGAGCCUCAACCGCUACUACUGAGUGCUGGGAGCCCGGCCGUCCCGCUGCGCCACGGGGCUCCUCCAGCCAUGCCUGGCAGAAGGGAGGUGCUGAGGAAUGCCGUCUGGGUGUCUCCUCUUUUCUUUCCAGGAGUGCUGUGCGAUGGACAGCAAUAAAGCUUUCUCUGUCUCCUUUUCCCUGAUGUAUGACUAUCACCCCUCUUCAUGGACACCUUCUGGUCACAUCAGAGGUGGCUGCCAUCUUCAUUUCUGAGUGGCUGGCACAGAGCUGACAGUUUGAGUCCUCUGUGUGGGGCACAGAGCUUGGCACACCAUGGUGUGAGUAUUGCCCACUUGGCUGGGGAGAGAAGUCAUCCAGGUUUUGGUCUUCAUUUAGGAGUGUUGGGAUUUCCUUUCCUGUGGACUCUGGGAGAACUGUGAACAAAGCUACAGCUCUGGAAAGAUGACUGGGGAGGGCAGGGGGCUACAUCCUGAUUGACCGUCUUGUGACUUCAGAAGCCAUGAGAUAAACCCAAUUAAAAACCAAUGGCAAAUAUGACUUGUGAAGAACUGGGGGGUAGGGGGAGUGUUCUUCCAUAAUGAAAUCAUCUCGGUGCUUGGAUGUUUGCCAUAGUGUAUUCAGUUAUUUAUGGCUGUCUUUUCAUAUUCCUUUUCAAUGGGAACAUUGUUUUUUUAACCAACACCUCAGGGAUAAAAUCCUUUUUUUUUUUUUUUUUUUUGAGUCUGUUCUCCCCACUGUUCCCUGUCAAAUACAACCCAACUCACCUCCAACAGUGAAAUUAUGGUAGUAUAGAAGAUGUGUCAGUGAUUGGUGAGAUGUUAACAACCUCAAAGAGGUUGAAAAGGCUUUUCAUUUUGUUUGUUUUGUUUUAAAUAUAUAUAUAUAUAUUUGAAGAUGCUGCACAGGAGUGUGCCUUAUUCUUUUUUUUUUUUUUGUUAAACUGAGGUUUUCCUAUGGAUAGCAAUGCACAAUGUUUUAUAUAUUUUAUUAAUAAAAAUGAAAAAGGAAAAGGUCUAUGUUUACUAGAAGAAAAUUGAGACAAAAGAAGCCACAUAUAACAACAGAAUGGGUAAUAAAUGCUAAAUAAAUUCUAGUUUGCUUCAGUACAUUUGAAUUUGCAUCCUCACUUUUGAUACUUUCGUUGCUCAAGGAAAAUGGUUUGGAAGAGUAACACACCUCUGCAGGCAAUCCAGGCUGACAUGCCUUGCAUGCAGGAGCCCAGAGGCACUUUUAUUUGGCCUGAACCCAUCAGCCUGCUUCUACAGUGCACACAAACAGGAGCAGCUGAGCAAUGCAUUGCUUCCCAGCAGCCAUCCCAAAGUCUACCUGCACUAAGGGAAAGAGUACCAGUAAUUUCAUGAUGCUUUCAGCCUGUACACCAGUCCCAAAUCGUACCUGAGC